AUGAAGCCACUCACACGGGUCACACGGAUACUGCUGGUUUUCCUGUGUACUCUUGCAUCGCUUCCACGAUGUUGUAGCGCUGACCUGACCAAGAGCACUACGAAUGUGACGAAUACGACGAACACCACAAAUGUCACGAACAAUGCAAGUGUCACGAAUGUGACGACCUCCGUGAAUAUCACGAACGCAAGUGUGAUGAAUGUGACGAAUACAACGAAUGUCACCAGCAUCAAGAAUGUGACCAUCACAACUGCCAUCAAUGCGACAAAUACCACCAAUGCCACCAAUACCACCAACGCUGUGAGUCCGCAGGAAGAGGGUGAGGUGACGGGUUCUGCCGGUUUCUGCGAGAAGGAAUGCAAGAAGGCCAAUGCCAAGCAGCCCUGCUUCACCGAUCCCACCUGCCCGGGCAAAGGCUGCAAUGCUCUUGGGAUCGCGCAUUGUCGGUACUGCGAAUUUGGGAUAUAUGCCUCGAUCCCGUGCCGCAGCGUUGGACCUCCUCCCAUCUCCUCCUGCAGUCCAUUGGGCACCUUCCAAUGUGAUAGCACUUGCUUCCGUGAGUCAGCAGGACCGGAGACGAAUGUGAUCAGCCGGAAGGCUGGAGAUGUGUACUUCGAGAUCUUUGGACUUACCGAAUUACAAUUCUAAUUAAAUUCUUAUUGUUACUAGUAGUAAGGCACUUGUUACUAGUAGCUUCUUGUUACUACUAGUAAGGCACUUGUUCCUAGUAGCGAUGCACUUGUUCCUAGUAGCUUCCUAAUACCGAUCCAGGGUUCGGGCGAGGAGAUCGCUCGCGUUGGUGGAAUGCCGACUGGUGUGGUGUGACCCAAAGUGACACGGGUGAAAGAUGUUGGAAUUGAAGUUCAAAUGCAUUUGAAUCGCUUGAAGGCUUCGUUGACCUCAGCAUCUCUGCCGUUUCCCCGCUUCUUCGCACACGGUCAUCAAGCACUUCUUCUCGACUCGUCGGUGUCGCCUGUGUUGCCUCGUUGAACGACACAGCUGCAGUGCUCCAAGGAAUCACAUCACAGCAGAUGGCUUUGAAGAACAGCUGCAGUGCUCCAAGGUUCAUGGCAUCGGUGGGAUCAACAUGUACAGCUGCGUCACGGCAAAGAGACGUGAACGCCUCAGGAAAGCGAGCUUCCUGCAGCAGUUGACGUUCAGCGCUGAUUGUAAGUUGUUUGUGAAGAAAGUGUGGCGAAUGUCGCCGCAGCCCGUCGAAACGUGUACGGUGAGAUGCCCUGCACGGCCAACAUAGCCGAACAUUGCAGGAUGCUGAGUGUCGGGGCAGAGUGUCGGCGCUGCCCUUGCAUGGCUUGCUUCGUUUGUGCGUCUUUGCUUUAGUCGAGCAACUCCUGCUCGGGUCUCUGUGUGAGUCCACUAAUAUAGCUUCAGGCCUGUUGACUCGGGCUGGAAAUCUGCCAUGGAGGUCUCCCUCGAUCCUCACGGUGGGUUUUUGUUAAGCCCCUGCGAAGCCGCUUUUGAGGGUCAGCAGAUCUGGUGAAUCCCUUUGGCGGAAAUCAACUUUUUCAGUGGCCAACGGGAUCACUAAUUAAGAAGGAAGUGCUGAAG